UGUCAGUUGCUGCAUGUGGCACCAUGUGAGUGCAGAAUAACAGAGACCUGAGAAGAACUGAAUGUAUUCUGCAAGCUACUCAUUGUUUGAUAAACGAUCACAUAGUACUAUAUCGCCAGACAGCUCUUUUGCAUGUUAAAGCGCUUAUAAAUAUAUUAUUUUUGUGUUAUUUUAGUCUUUUGGCGACGUGUAGCUGUGCAUUCUGGUGUCGUUUGUGAUUUAGAGAUGUUGUAUUUUGUCGGUCUCGGUCUGGGCGAUGCUAAAGACAUCACUGUUAAAGGUUUAGAGAUCGUCCGUCAGUGUAGUCGUGUUUAUUUGGAGGCUUACACGUCUAUACUGACCGUCGGGAAGGAAGCGUUGGAGGAGUAUUAUGGGCGCGAGUUGCUGCUGGCCGACAGAGACAUGGUGGAACAACAGGCGGAUGAGAUCCUGAAGGGAGCAGAUGUCAGUGAUGUGGCGUUUCUAGUGGUUGGUGAUCCUUUUGGAGCUACGACCCACAGCGACCUGGUUCUGCGAGCAUUGAAUUCUGGGAUUCAGUAUCGCGUUAUUCACAACGCCUCCAUUAUGAACGCCGUGGGCUGCUGUGGAUUGCAACUGUACAACUUCGGGGAAACGGUGUCCAUUGUGUUUUGGACGGACACAUGGAGACCAGAGAGCUUCUAUGAUAAGAUCAAGAAGAACAGGGAUAUGGGCCUGCACACACUGUGCCUGCUGGAUAUCAAAGUCAAAGAGCAGUCCAUGGAGAAUUUAAUGAGGGGUCGAAAGAUUUACGAGCCUCCCAGGUACAUGACUGUUGCUCAGGCAGCUGAGCAACUCUUGGAGAUACUACAGAACCGAAGGGAUCGGGGUGAGGAGUUGGCAAUGACUGAAGACACAGUGUGUGUUGGCCUGGCUCGAGUCGGAGCCGAGGACCAGACCAUCCGUUCCGGGACGCUCCGAGAGUUGGCGUCCUGUGACCUGGGAGGACCACUUCACUCAAUGAUCAUCAGCGGACACCUUCAUCCUCUAGAGGUGGACAUGUUAAAACUCUUCUGCGGUCCUGAGGGAUUGAAUUCAUUGAAGAUGACCGAUAGUUCCACAUAUGUUUCUUGAUAUCCACAAAUCUUGUGCUCUUUGAGAAAAAAAAAACUCCCUUUCCAGUGCUCCUAAAGCUUUUUAAAAAUAAAAAGCGGACGUCCACGUGAGAACCUGGAGCUGCCAGAGGGUCAGGAGAGCACGCAAAUGACAGUUGUUAUUCCAGAUCAAGUUUGACCACUUUAACCUUUAAGCACCGGUCAGGCCAGGGUUGCAUUUCAUAACAAGAUUUCAAUUUCGAUUGGGAUUGGGGUGAUUAUUUUGACAUGCGACAGUCAUGUUCUUGCUGUCAAAGAUGUAAAUGAUGGGGAAAUGGAAAAGGUUAUUGUGGACCAACUGCAUCUGGUUUGCAUUAGUCCCUCUGAAAUUGAGCUUUCUUUGAAAUUGGCAUAAUGUUUCUGAACCGAGAGGCUUUCUUAAUGGAACUUUCUCGGUAAGAAUGUAAAUAAGAUAAAAGCAAAUGCUAAGAUUCCUUUGAGCCUGUCAUAAUGGAUGAAGAUUGAUUUUCGUACAAUAAAGACGCUUAUUUUGU